CAGGAGGUGUUGGACUGUGGGCUGAGAUAAGAGGCGGCCGACAGGAGGAGAGAGCGCAGAACAGUGAGGCAGAGCGGAGAGGCGUGAACACCACAGUGCCUGAACAUCUGAGCGCAGAAAAGAUCCGAACCAAACACGUCAGAUCAGCAGAGAACAGACUGAGGCAGCUGGGAAAUGCUGCUGCUCCAGCCGGCUCACUGACGCUCCAGUCCGGGUUCAGACAGCUGCCACACGGGCUUUCAUAUUUACUGCGUCCCUGCGGGAGAAAACCAAUUAAACUCAACUUUUAGUGCCUGCCUGUAGGAUUUGCAGUAGCAGCCAUGGGCAGUAAGACUCUACCAGCCCCUGUCCCUCUUCAUCCAUCCCUUCAGUUGGCCAACUGUUCCCUCAUCCAGACCUCCACUGGUCUCCAGCUGCCACCUGAUCAUUUUCAGAGCAUCUACAGCUUCAGUGCUCUCCAUGCCAUCCAUCUUCAGCAGUGGACCCUCGGCUACCAACCUCUGGCUUUCCCCCGCUGCACAUUUUCCAAGCUUCCUCCUCAGUUCUCCUCCAUGGCCUCCAUCCCUAUAUUCCCCCACCUUCUGCAACCGAAGCUGGACACAACAGGGUUGCUGCAGAGCUCCAAGAGCAAACCACGCUUUGAUUUCGCCAACCUGGCAGCAGCAGCAACACAGGAGGACCAUCUGAAGGUAGAGGACCUGAGCAUGACGGGGGUUGCUGCUGCUGCAGCAGCUGCAGCAGCGCAGGUUUCAUCCCAACACCAGACCUCAGCCAGCCUGGGAUGCCUGCUGGACGUGACCAAGCUGUCCUCGCCGGAGCGCAAGUCCAGCCGAGGCAGACUGCCCUCUAAGACCAAGAAGGAAUUUGUCUGCAAGUUUUGUGGCCGACAUUUUACAAAAUCUUACAACCUUUUGAUCCAUGAGCGGACGCACACAGAUGAGAGGCCCUACACCUGCGACAUCUGCCACAAGGCCUUCAGAAGACAGGACCAUCUCAGGGACCACAGAUACAUUCAUUCCAAAGAAAAGCCCUUCAAAUGUCAAGAGUGCGGAAAGGGAUUCUGUCAGUCCAGGACGUUGGCUGUCCACAAAACAUUACACAUGCAGGUCAAGGAACUAAAGCCGGCCAAAAUGAAGUGAUUCACUGCAGCAACAGGGAAAGGGACCAGGAACACUGGAAAAACAACAGGACCAAAGACAACAGCCAAAGACUUUUCUUUUUUCUUUUCUCAUCUCAGCCGUUGGAGGUGCAGCUUUCUGUGUGAACAUUCCUUUCGGAAGAAAUACUCCAGCAUUUGAUUUUCCUUAGAAAUAAGCCUUAAUAAAGACCUUGUUUGAGGUUUUCAGAGUUCGAUUUGGCAGCGAACUCAACAAUGGAUAUGUGGAACAUGAAAUGGAGCUCAAAAUGAAAAAGACCUCUUGAUUCUAGUCACCCCAAAUGUUUCAUUCCAAUGUUUGUAACCUAAAGAGGGACGCUGUGUGCAAGAUAUUUUUCUAGAAGUCAUGUUAGUGACACACAAAUAUCAAUUCCAAUGUUAUUUUUGUACAAAUGCAUUAUAUCAAAUUGUAUUUUUGCACUUUAAUCUGAUUAUUAAUUAUUCCCAUAUAUCACUGGAUUUCCUAAACUUAUUUUUUAAAUGAAUAA